AUGAAGGACAAUACUAACGAGCAUUUCAUGUCCCAAACACAGCUGCAUUCUCAUGGUACAAAACGGCACACCCUAUUCUGGUUUAGGAAGGGAUUACGUCUGCAUGACAACCCGGCCUUGAUUGCUGCAAUAGAAAACGCCACAACAUAUCGAUGUGUUUAUAUUUUAGACCCCUGGUUUGCCGGGGCAUCGCAAGUAGGAAUCAACAAGUGGAGAUUCUUAUUGGAAUGUUUGGAAGAUUUGGACAGCAGCUUGAGGAAAUUGAACAGUCGCCUUUUUGUGGUCAGAGGUCAGCCAGCAGACGUCUUGCCGAGAUUGUUCCAGGAAUGGGGCAUCAACACAUUGGCAUUUGAAGAAGAUCCAGAGCCAUAUGGCAAAGAAAGAGAUGCUGCAAUCUCAGCCAUGGUUAGGGAAUUCAACAUCCAGGUUAUUGCUAAAUCAUCACAUACACUUUAUGACCCCAAGAUAGUCAUCGCAGCCAAUGGCAACAGUCCACCUCUGACAUAUAAACGAUUCCAAUCCAUUCUGGCCACGUUGGAACCUCCACGCCAGCCAUGUGAAACUCUCACAGGACAGAUGUUGGUAAAUGUGAGCACACCUGUUGCAGAUGAUCAUGACGACAGAUUCAGUGUCCCAUCGUUAGAUGAGCUGGGUUUUGACACCGACACUUUGGGUCCAGCACAGUUUCGUGGUGGAGAAUCUGAGGCACUAGCAAGACUUUACAGACAUUUAGAAAGAAAAGCAUGGGUUGCCAGUUUUGAGAGGCCAAAGAUGAGUCCCCAGUCACUAUAUCCAAGUGGAACAGGUCUGAGUCCCUAUCUUAGAUUUGGCUGUUUGUCCCCUCGUACAUUUUACUGGAAACUGGCAGAGUUGUACAAGAAGGUUAAGAAAGGAGUAGAUCCCCCACUCGCCUUACAUGGUCAGUUGUUGUGGAGGGAGUUUUUCUACACUGUGGCUACAAACAAUCCAAACUUUGACCGCAUGGUCGGCAACUCUAUCUGUGUACAGAUUCCCUGGGAACACAACCCAGAGGCUUUGGCUAAAUGGGCGGAGGGCCUGACAGGAUUUCCCUGGAUUGAUGCCAUCAUGGUUCAGCUUCGAAAGGAAGGUUGGAUUCACCAUCUGGCUCGACAUGCUGUAGCGUGUUUCCUCACGCGUGGGGACCUGUGGAUAUCCUGGGAGGAAGGCAUGAAGGUGUUCGAUGAGAUGUUGCUGGAUGCAGACUGGAGCGUCAAUGCUGGAAUGUGGAUGUGGCUGUCAUGUUCUGCAUUUUUCCAGCAAUUUUUCCACUGUUACUGUCCUGUUGGGUUUGGCAAGCGAGCAGAUCCUUCCGGAGACUUUGUCAGACAUUAUUUACCCGUUCUUAAAGGGAUUCCAACCCAGUACAUAUAUGAGCCUUGGACAGCACCAGAGUCAGUUCAGAAGGCAGCAAAAUGCAUCAUAGGCAAGGACUACCCACUGCCUAUGGUGCAGCAUGCUGAAGCUUGCAGGGUGAACUUAGAACGAAUGAGACAAGUUUAUAAAAGACUGGUCCUCAAAUCAACAGCAAACAAAAGAAUAUUUCUGGAUCUGCCAAAGAUUCCUAAAGUGAGUAUGUUCCUGAGUAAAGCAAAAAUGUUUCUGAGCAGUUCCUCGGAUGAAGAGGUCCAUCAGAAACAAAGGAGGAGGAAGCCAGUAGAUGAAGAAUUCACACAUCAAUCAUAA